AUGGCUACUACUAUUUCACCAACAAUUCGUUCUACAGCUACUUCCAAAUUGAUAACACUUUCAGCAGGAUGCUUUUGGGGUGUUGAAAGUGUGUUCAGAAGACAAUUUACUAAUAAAGGUUUAAUUGAUAUUAAAGUCGGUUAUGCCAAUGGUAAUCCAUCAAUUACAGAUAUAGAUUAUAAAAAAGUAUGCACUGGUGCUACUGAUUUUGUUGAAAGUGUUCAAAUUGCUUAUGAACCUACUCAAUUGAAAUUAUCUGAUAUUUUGGAUAUUUUUUUCAGAAUGCAUGAUCCAACAACAGUCAAUUCUCAAGGUCCAGAUCAAGGAACUCAAUAUAGAUCAACUAUUUUAACUCAUGAUGAUAAAGAAAGAGAAGUAGCUUUACAAAUAAGAGAUAAAUAUCAAAAAGAAUGGUAUCCUAAUCAUAAGAUUGUUACUAUAAUUGAACCAAUUAAAACAUGGUAUGAUGCUGAAGAUUAUCAUCAAAACUAUUUGAUUAAAAAUCCUGGUGGAUACGAAUGUCCAACACAUUUCAUUAGAACUAAACCAAAGGUAUAG